AUGAAGGACACCGCCAAUCAAUCCCAGAACAUGUCAAACACUUCCCGACACGCGUCGAUCGUGGAACUGCUUUCCACGCCGCCCGCAAUCGCCCAACAGCCGUCUGGACCGGUGGAACUAGAGUCGAUCUCUCUUUCGCGCAACGCCAGUGCCACAUCUCUAGACUCGCAGAUGAGCUCGACGACUUCGUGUCUCACCAAAGUACACACACAGAAAUGGCAGCAUAUUCUGCUCACACAGCUGAUAGAGGAAAAUAAGCUUGUGACGGUGGAUGGGUCGCUUUCCAUGGAAGAAGCGUUCAACACGCUGGUGCGUCACAACCUCACUUCUCUGCCAGUGGAGCAGUUCCCAAACGAUAUGAACUGUUUCACGUUUGACUAUAACGAUCUCAACUCGUACCUGCUGCUGGUGCUCAACAAGAUCCAGGUGAACGAUCCACAGGUGGCUCGCGAUUGCCAGAUGGGGAAGCCAGUUCCAGUGGGCCAAAUCGUUAAACUCACACCAAAAAACCAAUUCCACAAACUACGCGAAACAGACAAUCUUUCUACCGCAAUGGGCAUACUUGGCUCCGGUGUGCACCGCGUAGCCAUCACGGACCCAGAAUCUACGCAAAUUAAGGGCAUUUUGUCGCAGAGACGUCUCAUCAAAUAUCUGUGGGACAAUGCGCGCCAGUUCAGCAGCUUGCAGCCCCUGCUGAAUUCGAGCUUGAAAGAUCUGGGCAUCGGGGUGCUCGACUCGCAAACUGCCCCCACCAGCCGACAGUCGCGCGUCAUCUCCAUACAGGGCGAAGAACAGCUCAUGAUGGCUCUUUUCAAAAUGCAUAACGAGCGUAUUUCUUCCAUCGCAGUGGUCGACAACCACGGCAAUCUUUUGGGAAACAUCAGCGUCACAGACGUCAAGCACGUCACUCGUACCUCCCAGUACCCCCUUCUGCAUAACACAUGUCGCCAUUUCAUCUCGGUGAUUCUCAAUUCCCGUGGUCUCGAAAUGGGCAAGGACUCUUUCCCCAUUUUCCACGUAUAUCCCUCAAGUUCUCUGGCAAGAACACUCGCCAAGCUGGUCGCUACCAAAGCUCAUAGACUCUGGAUUGUCCAGCCUGAAAACUCCGCUGCAUCUACACCUUCGUCUGCUGUAUCGAGCUCUCCACAAAGUACGAGCUUGAACGCUCAUAGCGGCGGAGGUGACCACGAUGUGCCCAACAGAAGCGGAUCCCCUAUUAGCGUGAAAAGCUUCGAUGAAAACAUGGCUCAAUCUCAAGCCACUCCCUUAUUUGAAAAAGAAUAUCGCACGGGGAAACUCAUCGGCGUCGUCUCGCUUACGGACAUCUUGGGACUUUUGGCCAGACGACAAACCGAGCACAAACAGGUUGAUCCACAAUCUGCCAGAAGGCAACGAGGCAGUGUGACUGCGUAA